CGAUUAUAUAUUUAUAUCGUGUAUAAAGAGCUUCAAUACCCGUAAUUUGAAUGAAAAUGGAGGUAGACUCAAAUCCAGGAGACUCUAAAAAGGUAGAAUUCAGUGCACUGUCUUCGAAUGCAAUCAAGUGCAAAAGCACGUCACAUAUAAGCCCAGAUCAGCAUGUUGUGCUUCGUUUACCAUCUGAAGGUAUAAAAAUUAUUGAAUUAAGAAACAGUGGGCUCAUAAGUUUAGGUAAAUUCGGUUGUUUUGAAGUUAGUGGUAUUCUUGGAUAUCCAUUUGGUCAAACAUUUGAAAUCAUUGAAGAUAAUAAGGUCAAACCGAUCAGAUCAAUGACUGAUCAAACCGUUGAUAUUCCAGAGGAAGAAGAAACUGAACAAGAGAUCAAUAAAGAUACUCUUACUCAGUUGUUCACCAAUAGUGCUGAAAAUAAUCAGAAUAUUAUCAAUAUUGGUUCCAAGAUCCAAAAGCUUACCUCGGAAGAAAUUGACAAGAUAAAGAAGUCUGGAGCAUCCAGUGAUGCUGGACAAAAAAUCAUAGAGCAAAUCAUUGCUGGACAUGGUGGUUUUGAUAAAAAGACCAUUUAUUCCCAGCAAAAAUACUUGAAGAGAAAACAACAAAAGUUUUUAAAAAGAUUUUCUGUUGAAUAUCUUGGUGGAUCGCAAUUAUUAGAGUAUUCCAUAUUGAGAGAUCUUCAGAAAGUCCUUGAUAUGAGCGAAGAAUCGAUGGCUUUGCUUAUGACAUAUGGUAAUGUUAGACCAGGAGGAAAUUAUUUGUUGAUUGACGAAACUGGUGGUGUUUUAUUAUAUGCCAUGAUGGAAAGAAUGCAAGGACAAGGUACUAUCACUAUCAUUCAUGAAAACGAACAUCCUAAUAUCAUCGCAUUGAGGUAUUCCGACUACCCAAUAGAAUUGCAAGAAAGAAUGGUUAAAACAAUCAAUUGGUUACAAGUUGUUGAACCUGAGAAUGAAAAGAUCAUCUGGGAGGACUUACCUGGAGAAGAAGUUGAUUCAAUGAAAAGUAAUAAAAAGGUCCAAUAUUAUCGUCGUCAAAAAAGAGCCAAUGAUAUAAACUCUGUUAUAGAUAGUGUAUCAAGGGGAAACUUCGAUGCAUUAAUAUCCGUCAGUUCUUUGGACAUGACUGGCGUAUUACCAUAUUUAAUUCCAAAAAUUGGUGGAUCAAGACCCAUUGUUCUCUACAACCAAUUCAAGGAAGUCUUAUUAGAUAUCCAGCAUUACUUAUCUAAUGAUAAAAGAGUCUUGGCACCUUCUAUUUAUGAAUCCAGGGUACGUCCUUAUCAAACGAUCCCUGGAAGAUUGCAUCCUAUGAUGACUUCAAGAGGAUAUGGUGGGUACGUCUUAUGGGGUACCAAGGUCAUUCCUGUUGAAGGUGGUUUGACUGCCGUCGGAAGAGGUAACCAACUUAAGAAGAAAUCUACACCAGUGGAGGACGCUAAGGUCAAGUCUGAAGCUUCUCUGGAUAGUAAAGCAUCUGAGACUCCUGAACCUGCCAAACUCAGUUAAAUAUGUACAAUAGAUUU